GCGCGAUGUUCAAGACAAUAAAAUCGACUUCGUGGCGAUGCGUGAAGUGACCGUCGAGGGCUACGACGCUCUUCACAAGGAACUAAAGUCACUCUCGGGCAAAGUGUUCAUCUUCUUCACUGGAUCGAAGGUCGAUGGUAAAAGCUGGUGCCCUGACUGUGUCGCAGCCGAACCGGUCGUGGAAUCGAUAGUAAAUGGAAAGGAAGGGAAAGAACUGGAUGCAACAUUUGUUACUUGUUACGUAGGAGCUCGCGAAUACUGGAAAGACCCAGCUUGCCCUUUCCGAACUGACAAGGAUUUCAAAUUGACUUGUGUUCCGACGCUGCUGGAAUUGGGGAAAAAGCACAAGCGAUUGCUAGAGAGUCAAGCAAAGAAUGCUGAUCUGGUGAAGGAUUUCUUUUUUGAAGACUAAUUUGACUUGAAAUUCCUGUGAUUUUGUGAUACGCUGAUACGGUUUGGGAAAUAAAUAUUAUACCUC